AUGGCCCAUGUUCUUCUGUGUUUUAAAGUCACAGCAGUUCAGGGAGGCUACAUUGAUGUUUUCAGUUUAAUUGACACAGAUGAGAUUCAACAGAUUACUGAAUCAGAUAACACAGGGUCAAAAUACUUGGUGUCAGCACUGGCUGAAUUAGCUGUUCAUGCCUCGAAUGUAUCUGGAACAGAAGUAAAGGGAAUGCUUGGAAGUUCUGUCCAUUUACCCUGCAUAUAUAAUCCUAGUAUGCAUGGGACCCUGUACAUGUGCUGGCAAAAAAGACCAUGUCAUAAAUUCAGUAGUGGGUGCUCCCCAAAACUUAUCAAGACUGAUGGACAGAGAGUGAUAGAAAGAAAUUCAAAGAGAUACAAAUUAAACAGUAAUCUACAGUGGGGUGAUGUAUCACUGACAAUUGAGGGACUGACUGCAGCAGACAGCGGGGAGUACUGCUGUCGUGUGGAGAUGCCUGGAACAUUUAAUGACAAAUUUACUACUGUCACUCUAAAAAUUUUGAAAGCACAGUCGGUUACUACAUCUGGGAAUCGGAAAAAUGGUACAUUUUCUACAUCAGUACCUCCUGCUGAACAAAAAGGCUCUGCAUUUGUGUCUUCUAAAUGGAACUUAACAAAGAUGGGAACUUCAAGCCAGGAUCAGAACACCACACUAACUGGUCACAGUUGUACUACAUUAUCUCUACUGAAAUCAUCCCAGCAACAGUUUAUGGAAUCAUUCACACCUAAGCUGUUCUUGCCUGCUGUUUUUUUAACUCCUCUACCAACAGCACAUGCUUUAUAA